GGCCGCCGUCUCCGCCUGUCGCUGGCUCCGCGGCCGCCGGCUCCGAGGAAGCGAGGGCAGAGGGGAGGGGCAGGCGGCGCCCGGGAGGGAGGCACCGGGCCGCAGGCCAAGACGACUGGGGUCACAAUUUGGGUUUGUAGCAAAAAUGCUUUCAGAACAGACAGCAGCCCUGGGGACAGGAUGGGAGUCAACGAGUGUUCAGCUGGAUGGAGCAGAGCCCCAGGUGGAAAGGGGAAGCCAGGAAGAGGGGCCACGGAGAACAGCACCAGGGCCACUGGAGCACCUGUGCUGUGACCUUGAAGAGGAGCCACAGUCACUUCAGGAGAAGGCUCAAUCGGCUCCCUGGGUUCCUGCCAUUCCCCAGGAAGGGAGCACUGGAGAUUGGGAGAUGGCAGCUGCACUUCUUGCAGCUGGAUCACAGGGCCUGGUAACCAUCAAGGAUGUGUCACUGUGUUUCUCUCAGGAGGAGUGGCGGAGCCUGGACCCUUCUCAGACAGACUUUUAUGGAGAAUACGUCAUGCAGGAAAACUGUGGGAUAGUGGUCUCUCUAAGAUUUCCAAUCCCCAAACUGGAUAUGCUUUCUCAACUAGAAGGAGGGGAAGAACAAUGGGUUCCUGACCCCCAGGACUUAGAAGAGAGGGAAAUUCUGAAGGUCACAUAUACAGGAGAUGGAAGUGAGCACGAAGGGGAUACCCCUGAACUAGAAGCAGAACCUCCCAGAAUGUUAUCUAGUGUGUCUGAAGAUACCAUUCUCUGGAACCCAGAGCAAGAUGAGAGCUGGGAUUCCAUGCCCAGGAGCUCCAGAGGCAUGCUCCUUGGCCCACCGUUUCUUCAGGAAGAUAGCUUCUCAAACCUUCUGUGUAGCACAGAAAUGGAUUCCCUGUUAAGACCGCACACAUGCCCCCAGUGUGGGAAACAGUUUGUGUGGGGCUCCCACCUUGCCAGGCACCAGCAAACACACACUGGGGAGAGGCCCUACAGCUGCCUCAAGUGUGAGAAGAGCUUUGGGAGAAGACAUCACCUGAUCCGACACCAGAAAACCCACCUACAUGACAAACCCAGCAAGUGCUCUGAGUGUGGCAAGAAUUUCCGAUGCAACUCCCAUCUGGCCAGCCACCAGAGAGUACACGCAGAAGGCAAGUCCUGCAAGGGCCAAGAGGCUGGAGAGAGCCCUGGGGCUCGGAAGCGGCAGCGCGCUCCACCAGUGCCAAAGUGCCACGUGUGCACUGAGUGUGGGAAGAGCUUUGGCCGACGGCACCACCUGGUGAGACACUGGCUGACGCACACUGGGGAGAAGCCCUUCCAGUGCCCACGCUGUGAGAAGAGCUUCGGCCGUAAACAUCACCUGGACAGGCACCUGCUGACCCACCAGGGACAGAGUCCCCGGAGCAGCUGGGACAGAGGGACAUCUGUCUUUUGAAAUCUGUUUCUGUUGCAGCUGUGGUCACAUCUUUCAACCGGUGCUACCAGGAGUCUCUGCCAGAGCUGACCCUCUCCUGCACCCCCGUGGCCAGAGUCAUGAGUCCCAGUCCAUCCCUAGAAAGAUGAGGUUCCAGCAUUGGCCAGAGUAUUUCUCACCAGUUCUAUGAGAUGCCACAUAAAGUAGAGUUCUUUGGGCAAAACUUUUGGGAAACAGUGCCUACUGCAUGGGCUGAUAUUCAGCCUGAGCCCAUUCUCCAGGGUACAGUGGUACCAGCAGUUUUUGGCUAAGGCCCAAACUGCUUGGAUUGGUUGGUUGGAGCUUAUGCCAUACCAGUCGUUAAAUAUUUUGAGUAUCACCCUUCCAUAACAUAACUAUUCUCUCUCUCUCUCUCUCUCUCUCUCUCUCCCCCCCUCCCUCCCUCCCUCCCUCCCUCCCUCCCUCCCUCCCUCUCUCUCUCUCUCUCUCUCUCUCUCUCUCUCUCUCUCUAUAUAUAUAUAUAUAUAUAUAUAUAUAUAUAUAUAUGAAGAGAAAGAC